AUGACUACCAAAAAUCCAACAUAUGCAUUACAAGAACGAAAAUUUUCUGAUAUCUUGAAUUAUAUUACUUGGAUUUUGAAAAAGUUUUCUAAUAUUUUAUUUAUACUAAGUAUUCCAAUUGUCGUUGGUUUAUUUUAUCAUAUUUAUUUUUUUACUGAUUAUAAAUUAUCAAUACAGUCAUCGUCAUUCGAACGCUUAAAAUCAAUGAUCGGAAAUUUCGCUCAAUAUGAAACUACAACUGAAAGUACAACCGAAUCUACAACUAUUGAAAUUACUACUACUACUAUUAUUACUACUACUACAACUCCUUUUGAAAUUGUAGUUGACAUGGAUGAUCGAACGCCAUUAUAUCAACUGGCUACUCGAAAUGGUAGUAAACCUUUCACUGGUGGGGCACGAACUAAAUUAUUCGAAAUUGUACGUCUCCAUGAUACAUGUAGAACAAAUACAUCACUCAUUGUUGUCGAUGUCGGUGCUAAUCUAGGUGAUUUUGGUCUUUAUGCUGCAGCAUGUAAUUGUUCUGUUUACAUGUUUGAGAGGCAACCAGAAGUGAUUGCUCUUCUUCAAAUUUCAAUUGCAGUUAAUGAAUUUACACAACCUCCUGUCCAUCUCUUUUAUAAUGCUAUUGGUGACACGCCUUUGAAUAGUACUUUUCUAGAAGGAUCUUCAAAUUAUAAUACAAAAAAUUUAAUAACUCCCAUCACAGUUCAAACUGUUCAAUUUGAUAAUAUUGCAUGGUCAUCAUUAAUAUAUAUACUAAAAAUUGAUUUCGACAAUUUUGGAUUGAAUGUACUUCGUUCUGGACAGGAUCUUUUUCGUAAAAGACGUGUUCGUCAUCUAAUUCUUGAGUAUAAUUCAGUAACAAAUGAUCAAGCUACAAAACAAGCAUUAGUAAAUUAUAUACAUCAAACGUUAAGACCUAAACAUGUUUUUGUAUUUCAUCCAGAUGAAGAAACGUUGUAUGGACCAUUGUUUUUUAGGCACUUGAAAGAUCUACCUAAUCAACAAAAUGAUCAACGACCAAUCGUAGGCCUUUUUGCUAUCAUGGGUAUCAGAAUGAAGAAAGAAUCGAUCAAUGCAGAACCAUAUAAUGCAGACUCAUUUUUUGCUUAG